AUGCCGUGGCUGGGCUAUGCGCUAAGCACCACCAGUGGUCCUUUACAUGUGAUAUUUGUUGAGACUGGCUCCGGUCGAAAACUAAUUUCCCUUUGCACCCAUCAUUCUUUUCUUUUGCCUCCAGUUUCAGGAUUCUUGUCUGCAAUGGAUAUCCUGUCCACUUACCAGAAACCUGGUAUUCCAUUUGUCCGGAUUUCAGCACCGAUGGUUCGUUACACCAAACUUCCUUUUCGUCUACUCUUACGGCAGUAUGGUAUUGAUUUGGCGUACACACCUAUGAUCAUGGCCGAUUCAUUUGUCUCCUCGGCGAAAGCUAGAGAUGUGGAAUUCACUACUUGUGCAGUUAAACUCCUUAUAAUACAAUCCAGAUGGGCUUUGCAAUCGAGCCUCGGAUCUUCGCUGCUGCGAAAUCCACAGCGAAUCGCUGAGCUUAUCCGAUCUGCUCGAAGUGUUGUCCCUCGUUGGCGCAUUCAGCCCGCAUCACCAAACUCUACAGGGGGAGAUCAGCAAACACAGAAUCCUACCGUGUACCGCACGCAAGGUCCAUUCUCCGUCAGUGCGAAAAUACGAGUUGUUCCCUCGGGUGUGCGAGCCCGGGGAGAAGAUACACACACGACAGGGAUUAGUGCCACGGUAGAUGUAUGUCGCCAACUGGCCUCCAUGGGAGUGGACUGGAUCACAUUACACGCAAGAACCCCGGAACAGCGAUCGAGCGAGCCGGCCGAAUGGGAUUUGGUUCGACAAUUAGUUGAAACCGGCAUCAGACAUGCGACAACGGGUGACUGCUUACCAAUCGUGCUCAAUGGGGAUGUGAAAUCUUCCGAGGAUGCCUAUCAUGCUUAUUCGAGAACAAAAUGUAGUGGUGUUAUGGUAGCUCGAGGAUUGCUGACCAACCCCAGGCUGUUUAGCACCGAAACUCCUGAUGUGAUGGAUAGGAAUCUGCAUGAGCUUGUGCAACGGUGGUUACAACUAUCCACUCAACAUCCUGGAGGAACAACUUUCCGGACGAUACAUCAGCACGUUUAUUGGAUGAUGGAAUCCUAUCUGGAUCGAUCGCGACGACUUUUGCUGCAUUCGGUGAACAGUUUUGCAGGUUUAGUGGACUGGUUGGAAGACUACUGGCACAUACGCGAACAAACAGACUCCAAUGAUCUCAAUCCUGACACCAUGAUUGCUGUGAAUCUGCCAAUAAAAGCUUGUCACAACUAUUCACCGUUUGUUGAACAUAUCUGUGCCGAAAAUCACUAA